AUGCCAUUUGGGUUUUCCUGUCAUAAUCAAUGCAGUCUUGAAUUCAUAAAAUCUACAGGAGAAGAUUUAAUUAAAAUGGACUUGGUAGGAAAUGUAGACUCCUGCCCUGUAACCACGGAUACCUGGGAGGCACGUGCAAUGAUAAAGCAAUCAGACUGUGGGGGACAGAGCGUGUACCAUUGCCUGUCCGACAACAAGGGACGGAAGUGGGAGAAGUGUGUAGAAAAGACACAGCUGAUUGGAGGGCAGUGUCCGAUAUUCACUGAUGACGGUUACAUUGACUGGAAGCAGUGCAAUACCUCUAUGCCCACCUGUCCAAACAGCACCUAUAUCUCGGAUGAAGUUUACAAAUAUCCGGCAUGCUUUGGUAACAACACUGCAAGUAAACACGUAGCUCCAUCAGUCGCUUUGAUCAUUGGCAUAGUCAGUCCAGUUUUGAUCAUAGUUUCCUUGGCUCUUGUAGCAAUGGUUAUCGUUUAUCGCCGAAGGAAAAGUAAAUUAGUAGUAAAAUGUCCAGAGAACGCCGACGAAUUACAGACACUGAUACCAGAAGGACUACAGGAAGAAGUCAAAAAGCAUUAUGUCUUAAAUGGAAUGACUGCUCUUUCGAGAGAAGAUGGGAAAUCCAUUGUUGUACUUGGUAAAUUCGGAAAUUCUGUUUCUAGUACAUCUCGUUGUAUAUUGGAGGGAUUUGCAAAGCAAAAGCAGUGGACCACCAUGGAAUUCCGAUAUACAGACAUACCAUGCACUGUGGAGGAAAACACUAUCAUGUUUGUGUAUGGUUGGUUUGGGCUUUGGAAUGAUGACCCAUGCUCCAUCGAGAAAGUGAGAAAUGCGUGUCAAGAAUUAACGCAUCUUUUAGGCAGAAUCCCCAAUGUUAAAAUAAUAAUUGGAAUGAGAUCGGAUCACCUUAAGAAAUAUCAUUUAGAGAUAGAUGAGGCAACCAAAGACUUGUUUCAUAUCGAAAUAAAUCUUGAUUCUGAGGAUGUGCAUAAAGAUGCCGAGCAUUUGAAAUAUUUUAAUGAAAAAAUUAAAAAGACAUGUGUGAAAAGUGAAUGCGCGUGCAAUGAUUUGAAAUUCGAUAUGUUCAGAAAUGGUUGUGAUAAAGCAAUUAUAGGUAUUCCUCUAAAAGUGAAUGUCCUUGCAAAGUAUCAUGACCUGAUCCACGGUUAUGUUGACAAUCGCGAUCUUUUGAAAACGAUGACAGAUCACUUCACGGCCCUCGAGAAUGAAACAGAAAAGAAGCAUGUUUACGGAUGGAUUAUGUACAUUUGUUUGAAAGGAAAGUAUGCAAGGUCUGAGAAUGUCGAUGAGGCACUGAUUCAAAAUAUGAAGUUCGGCAUAACAGCGAGAUCUUUUGACGAAAACUCUGACGAACUGAAUAGAUACGUUAGGAUGAGGAAUUCUGAUAAGCGAAACAACAUAUCACCCCAGGAUGCACAGUAUGUCUUUUGGCACCCAUUCAUAUACAUAUGCGCUUUCCAUUAUCUGUACAAGAAAGAUCCUGAUGCCGUCAUAUCCUACUGCAAUAUUGACGCAAUUGUUCAACUCGUCCGGCCAGAAGGGGUAUCGAAGACGUAUCUGGAGGUCAGCGCCGACAGUCCUAGAGUUGCCAGGUUCAAUGAAAGAAUGCAACAAAAAGGCCUGGUAGAUGAGUACAAAAAUCAUCCAUUGAUUAAAACAACAGCAAAAGAUUCUCAUAUGGGCUCUUGUAUACUUGUAUAGUAUUUUAUUUCUUCCUCGUAGUUUUAUGCUUUCGUAUCUGUAUAUUCUUGUGUAUUCUUGCAUGAAAGUUUUCUUUUAUUUUGUAUUCUUUUGUUAAUCUGUGAUAUGUCUGUGUAUAUGUGUACAUGCAUGCUAUGUGUCUUUGUCCUUCAUAUACUUGAAUGUGAUAGUCGGUUAAAAAGCUCUACAGAGCUUGUGUUUGACAUGUUGAAUGUAUAUAGUGCCGACUUUAAAUAAAAUUUACUUUACUUUUACUUUAUAUGGGCUUCAAACAGAAAGAUGAAACAAACAUACCAAUGGAGGAUUUCAAUAUGACAGCUAAUUUUCAUAUAGUAACCCAUGUCAUUUGCGAAUGAUAAGUAACUGUGUAUUGUAUGGAAUGACCUAUGUAUAAGCUCUGCUGCAAUCUGAUUUUGACUUGCGUAUAUACUAUAAUGCAUGUUAUGUAUAAUGAAUUUCUAAAUCGAAGCAGGCUACUGACAAAUAAGUUGAUGUCACCGGAGUUUCAACAGUCACAUUCAAUGUUAGCAUUUCGCUAAGUCUAUGGUCGUUAUAAUUAUCUUAUUUGCAAAUACAACCUGUCGUUAGAUUGAAUGUUGUCCGAUAUUUUAUACCGUCCUUUGCAUAUUGAUUUCGACUACGAAUUACUCCGUUUAUGUGAAGAAGAUUGAGGGUUCACGGCGAGUGUGACUGGUCAACAAGAGAUGAUUAUUUUUCCUUGUCACCUGAUCCCACCUUUGGUGUGUCCAGGGGUCCGUGUUUGUCCUACGCUUCAUUUUGUAUUCUUUGUGGAAUAUAUUAGAUUGGUCAUUGUUCGUCAUCUUCACUUAUCAUUAUGCUGUAGUAUUUAGAUACAUGAAUAUGUGGCACUUGAACUUUAUCCACGUGACGAUAACUUGAAUGUAAAUGUACGGUAUCAGGACAACUCGCCCCCAAGACAACUUGCCCCCUCAUUCGGACAACUCGCCCCCUCUUCGGGACAACUCGCCCCCUCUCUUGAGAUAUCUUGCUCCUUCAUAUCAUACAUGUUUACAAUCAUUAUUUUUGGUCUAAAUCCAAGAGAAAAAUUAAUGAAUUUCUUAUAGAUAGUAUAUACAUCACAGACAAUAAGACGUGUUCACAUAAACACCGAACUUCGUGUCUUUUUAUGCAAGACGAAAGAUUUUAGUGGAAAUCCAGUGUUUGGGUUCAGUAAAUUCAUCAUCACUUUUAUGUACAUGUAAAAUAUAUAAUUUCAGCGGAAACAAGUUAGCGUUUGGUAUAGGGAGAGUACUAGCUUGGUCUACAGCUGACGUAGUAUACUUAUCAAUAAUCUGCAUCAUGUUGUUAAAUCUAAUUGUUUAAUUUCCCCCAAGUUGUUAUAAAUUUACUUCAAACGUUAUGAGGUACUCAUCAUCAGAGUUCUUUACACUUUGAAAUCGCCGCGUAAAAAGCAUCAUCCCGCGUAAAAAGAAUCAGUAAAGCAAAGCCGUUAUAAAAUUUCUAAAAUGAGAAUUUUAUUAUUUUUCAACGGGAAUUAGUUGAGAAACGCAUUAAAAGAUAAUUACAUGUAUCAGAAUAUCCAAGCUUCACCUUUACACUUAUGUAUACUAUAUCGAUUAAAAAAACCCACCACCACCCCACCCCCCCCACCCCCCCCAAAAAAACCAAAAUUUUUCUCAGUAUUGGAGACAUUUAAUCAAUUACCUGAAGAUCAGUAAUAUAAUUUUCCUUGCCAAUUGAUUUAUGAAAAAUAUCACUUUUUCUGAAAUGCAAUAAUUAAAUCUGUGUAUAAUUCUAUUAGAAUUUACCAUUCGUGCUAAAGUGUGAAAUAAAUCUUUAUAGGGUUAAAAGUGUAAAUAACACACACAAAAUAAAAAGUGAUAAUAUUUUUAUCUAUAAUAUUGGGGGCCAGUUGUCUCAAGAGAUGGGGGCGACUUGUCCUGACAGAGGGCAAGUUGUCCUAAGAGGGGGCGAGUUGUCUUGGGGGCGAGUUGUCCAGCAUUCAAAUGUACAUAGUGCUAUUCUUAUGUGGAUCUUGUACAUUGUAUAAGUUUCUUACUUAAUUAUGUCAAGUAAUGAUUAAGAUGCUGUACAACAAUCGUAUGAUAUACAUUGUACAUAUAAUGUACAUGUUAAGCUUAAUUUUCCUUUUUAAAAUACACUUUGUAUUUAGA